UAUAUCUAUGAUUUUACCCUGUAACCUCUCAAGUUCCGGGCAAGAUUCUACAAGAUUCCCGUGGCAGUCAGUGCCGAGUGCCGUUAGUGGCUGGUCAGUGGCAGUCUAUGAAUAACUGUGACUACUUGUCGUUAUCAUUGACAAUCGUUGACCACUGUUAAUCGAAACAGCUGGUUAAAACCACGUGUGUGCGAAUAUAUUUGCACAGGAUAUACAUUUCGACGCCGAGCAUAUAAAUCUAAAACUAUGGUACUCGACUUGGAUCUCUUCCGUAAGGACAAGGGCUUCGACCCGGAGAAGGUCCGAGAGAACCAGAAGAAACGUUUCAAGGAUGUGCAGCUGGUAGAUACCGUGAUCGAGAAGGACAAACAUUGGCGACAAUUGCGUCAUCGCGCCGACAAUUUCAACAAGCUGAAGAACAUGUGUAGCAAAGAGAUCGGUGAAAAGAUGAAAAAGAAGGAGCCGCUCGGUGAUAUUGACACUGUGCCCCAAGAGAUCGCCGACGAUCUGGACAACUUGACCUCUCAGAGCUUGAAAGAAUUGAUGGUGACGCAGAUCAAAAGAAUACGUUCCCUCAUUGAUGAUGCCAUACAGAAAAACGAUGAGAAUCUAAAAACUAUCGAGUUAGAGAGGAAUAGUGCGCUCAGGGAGGUGGGAAAUUAUUUGCACGAAUCUGUGCCUGUCAGCAACGACGAGGAAGAAAACAAAGUGGAGAGAACAUGGGGAGACUGCAAUGAGAGAAAAAAGUACUCUCAUGUCGAUCUGAUUCAUAUGAUCGAUGGAAUGGAUGGGGAACGUGGAGCAGGCGUAUCCGGGGGACGAGGUUAUUUUCUUACUGGACCAGCGGUAUUUCUUCAACAAGCCCUAAUACAAUUGGCAUUGAGGAUUUUAUUUAAGAAAGGUUAUAAACCUCUCUAUACUCCAUUUACUAUGCGGAAAGACGCAAUGCAAGAAGUGGCGCAACUUUCUCAAUUUGAUGAGGAAUUAUACAAGGUAAUUGGUAAAGGAAGUGAACGUAAUGAGGAUAAAGAAAUGGAGGAGAAAUACCUUAUUGCUACUUCCGAGCAACCAAUAGCAGCUUUUCAUAGGGGUGAAUGGAUAGCUGAAACCACUUUACCAAUAAAAUAUGCUGGAAUGUCUACUUGCUUUAGACAAGAAGUUGGCUCUCAUGGACGAGAUACCAGAGGUAUCUUUAGGGUGCAUCAAUUUGAAAAGGUAGAGCAAUUCUGUCUUACCUCGCCCCACGAUAACAAAUCCUGGGAGAUGAUGGAAGAGAUGAUUUCCAAUGCGGAGGAAUUUUAUCAAGCAUUAGAUAUUCCUUAUCGUAUAGUAAAUAUUGUAUCUGGUGCACUCAAUCAUGCAGCUUCGAAGAAGUUAGAUUUGGAAGCCUGGUUUCCUGGUUCGGGUGCGUUUCGCGAACUCGUUUCGUGUAGCAAUUGUUUGGAUUAUCAAGCGAGAAGAUUGCUAGUUAGAUACGGUCAAACGAAGAAAAUGAACACUACGACGGAUUACGUUCACAUGCUGAACGCAACAAUGUGCGCUGUGACGCGCGUAAUUUGCGCUAUUUUGGAAGUACAUCAAACGGAAACUGGCAUUAAAGUGCCAAAAAUUCUCGCGGAUUACAUGCCUUCCGAAUACGAAAGCGAGAUUCCAUUUGUAAAAGUUGCACCGAUCGAUGAGAUCGAAACGAAGAAACAGAAAAAACAAAAAGAAAAUAUGUCUAAGUAGCACAGUUUUGUAAUACAACAAUGAAUCAAGUGAACUAUAUACAUUUUAUUUAUUGCAUUUCUUAAUUGCAUUUUUUUUUUUAAAUUCCACUAUGAUCUAAUCCAAUCGCGCUGAGCUGUAUACUAGCUAUUUAAGAAAAUAUACAUAUGUUUUUGAUUUCUCAUUA